AAUUGUUUGUCUUGACCUUGGCACCCAGAGUGAAGUGCAGGGCAGUCCACAUUCAGAUGGAGAGUCCUCAGAAACAGUGAGACAGGAAAUUAGAGUGAAGAACAGUGUUGUUUCCAAAAGCAGCUGCUCAGUGACAGCAGAGCCACAACACUGUGUGUGCUCGUCUUGUUCACCUGUCUGCGUUUGGACAUCAACCGGAGACCAUAAAUAAAUUGAUGAGUAGCUUUCCAUGGUUGAGUGAAAGUGGAAAAAGUCUGACUGGAAACAUUUGUCUGUUGCUACAGUUAGAGGAUGUGAUGCAGCAGCCUGUGUGAAGACCAACCUACACUCUCUGGCUUUCAUUUGACUUCAUUCACAAAACACAAAAAUUGGAAUCUGCCAUGAUGAACGUCACUGACUUAGGCUGCAACAUCGCUACAGUUGAGUUCCAGUACUACCUCUUUCCAGUGGUCUACAUCCUGGCUUUAGUUGUAGGUCUGCCGGGAAAUCUGGCAGCUCUCUUUGUCUUCACCUUCAAGAUCACCCCUCGCACAGCCUUCAGUGUUUACAUCAGUAACCUGGCUCUGGCAGACAUCAUCAUCCUCUGCACUCUACCAUUUCGAAUCCACUACCACCUCAACAGGAACAACUGGGUGUUUGGGGACGUUGCCUGUCGCAUCACAGGGAUUCUCUUCUUCGCCAACAUCUACUUGAGCAUCUGUUUCAUGACUUGUAUCUGUGUGGACCGCUACAUGGCCACGGUCCAUCCGCACACCUAUCUGAGGAUGCGGCGGCCCUGGGUCUCUCUGGCUGUGAGCGCGGUGCUCUGGUGCGUCAUCACAGUGGCAAUGCUCAUCUUUGUCCUCAUGGGACCUCUGGAAACAAACGCAGACAAAUCUGGAAGCCACAGCUGCUUUGAGAAUUUCGCCAAGCAUGAGUGGAACACACGUUUGGGGACUUACAGCCUGCUCAGCCUGAUCUUCUGCUCCCUGCUGCCGUCCAUGAUCAUCCUGGUGUGUUACCCACUGGCUGUGAGGCGCAUCUCCAUGAUCCGAACAAAAACAGCCCAAAGGGCUGUGAGGGUCAUUUACACCAUCCUGGCGAUCACGCUGCUCUGCUUCCUGCCCAACCAUGUGGUCUACCUGCUGCACCUUCUGCAUCGCAUGGAAGUCAUCAAGAGCUGCACCUCUGCCAACCACAUCUAUGUCGCCAGGCGGGUCACCAUGGCCCUCGUCACCCUCAACACAUGCCUGGACCCUGUGCUUUACUACGUCACCACCCGCCACUGCAAGUGGAAGCGUUUAAACAUGAGGUGGCUGCGUAAACGGGUUCAGAAGAGAAGCGGUGUUUAUACCAUUGCAGUGAGUUGAGGAGAAAUAAAAGAACCUCAUGUAAAUAUAAAUGAUUCUUUGUUCGCGAUAUGACGGGAGUGGUGCAAAAAACUGACUUUCAUACAAAAGUGUUUAUUAAAAGUGUGUCAAAAUAAAGGGACAAAUGAAAA